AUGCCCAUAAAGAUCUCCCCAGGGCUCCUCCGUCGAAUACACAUGGGCGCCGGAACCCUGACCUCCUGUAACACCUUCCUCAUCGUCGCCUCCUACUCCUUUGGCCCGAGCGGAUCCUCUUUCUCCCGCUGGGCGACUUCCAAUCAUCUCUUGCUCCCCCAAGUCCUCGUGAACCUCUUCGCCCUCUUUUACUGUUACUUCAAGGGCUUCCUCGGCCGACGAUGGCUCCUCCAGCUGUGCAUGUCCAUGUUCCUCGCAGUCAUCUACUUGGUCUUUGCGGCGACCGUCUUUCCAAAGAUUAUGGGCGAUAGCUCAGAUUUUCUGCUUCAGAUUGUCGAGGGUGUGAAUGUGGUGGUCGCGGCGCUGUUGAUGGUCGAUGCGGUGCUGACAGUAAUUUGGGUUAGGAAUGAAAACAAGUCUAUGGAAGAUAGCGAGAUCGGAGAGGAGGAGAGGAGGCUAAGGAGUGGAGCUGGAUCGGGGGAAGAAGUGCAGAGACCACAGCAGGUACAUGUCUAUCAGCCACUGAUAUCGCUUGCUCCUCUGUCUGCUCGUCGAGGCUCUGUCCUCUCUGUCGCUGAGUCCGGAAGAUCAUCACCCACAACAGCGCAGCAGCAGCAGCAACAGCAGCGACAGGGAUUGUCGACAGAUGAUACAUUCCAUAUUAGUAUCCCUGAAGCAAGGGCUACCAAUCCAAUCGAAGAAGACGAGGAUGAACGUCUGGAACUGGAAGAAUUACCAAAGUAUCAGCGGAAACCUCCAGCCCAAUCGGCGACGAUCAUCGACCUCGCGAACCUUGAGGGCGUCGAUCCUGCUGUCCUAAAUAGUAUCCCGCUCCUGCAGGAGACACAGGCACAAGCACAAGCACAAGCACAGCCACAGCCACAGGCGCAUGGACAGAGAGGAGAGCAUGUUGCGGAAGCACCGGUGUACUCCCUUGCAACGCCUGCAUCCGCAUCUGCACCUGCACCUGCAUCGUCAGCGGUUCCAGAACCCGCACAUGCAUUGACUCUCGAACCUCCUUCCCUUGUGUAUAACAUUUAA